CAAACCACACCUCAAUGCCAACUUCGCCUUCGUAAAACAUGGAAAAUCACAUAAGGUCAUUCAUGCGGGUCAUUCGCAAGAUUGACGACGCAGACGAGCUCAUCCAAUCGUUCUUAGCAUCCGAGGAAAUCAUACCCUCUCAGAAUGAUGCCUCGCCGUCACUCACUCCCCAUGAUCAGAAGCGUUUGCUCGACUUUCCAGAUGCCGAAACUCAAGCAGCGAACAUUGCCAAAUCGACUGAGCUGUCCAAAGAGAAUAUGCUUGAGCGCGCUGUCGAGUCACCCUCGCAGCUGACCGCCGCAGAGGUCUCCCUACUCAAGAACCGCUACUGGAUGGAUAUCUCGCCAGGCGAGGAACGUGAAGUCUCACGGGCAGCCGGGCUGAUCAUGGAACCCAACAGAGUCUCAGAAAAGGAGUAUGAACAAGCCCGAAACCGUCUCAGGGCAGUGCGUCAUAUGCUCUAUGCAGACAAUGAAGAGAAAGCCAUCGAUAAUGCCAUCAUAGAGCACUGGCGGCGCGAAAAUGAAGCAUGGAAAGCGAGACAGAGGCAGGAGACUGAAAAUACCUUGUCCAAGGCGCACCCGUGGGUGAGACGUCUGUGGGAGGAGGACAAGGGGGAGAAGGUCUGGGGGUACGGCAUCUUCAUCGACCCUAAGGCGUUCGCCAAUGACGACGAGGCCGAGAGGUACAUGGCUCGGAGGGAUGGUGUUCUGUUCCACGGCCGCGGCGCGGUUGGGGCGGGAAGCAGUGCCAUCAACAAUAAGUGGAGGUUGCAGAAGCUUGAGUGGCCCAACGAUAGUGCUGCAGAUGACAGCAAGGAGAUGGACGCCAGACAAGCUGUUGGUCGAGGCGACGAGGAAGAAGAUAACAGUGGACUGGCAAUCGACGAGAACCAGAGAGAUGGAAGAGAGGACGAAGAGAGACUCGCCAAGUUCCGCAUCUUGCGUACAAGGUUCAAGUCUCUCCGAGACAGAUGCCUGGGGAGUCAAACACAGAAAGGCAACAUCUCCGGCGCAUCGAUGCAAUCAGAAACCAAUGGUUUGGAAGACGGUAUUCUGCAAAACGUCUUUCUGAUGGUAGACAAGCCAGGCGUCGAAUCGGUUGUUGGUGCGCAUGGGCUCGUUGACGACAUGUGGAUUUGGGCUAUUGACCCCGACUACGACGAUGCGGACGAGUUGCCUACCACAAUCGAUGAAUCACGGCCUUCGGAGACGCCCGAAAGAUACAGAGGGUUUAUGCGGGUACGGCUACAACAGGUUGUCAAUAACUUCUUCGAUGUGCGGCGCUUUCACGAGAGAAAGUACUCGAUGAAGGAACUCUGGGAAGCCGCUCAGAAGAGCAAGCAAAAAGCCUUCGUGUCGGUCCGCGAUUCUGAAGCUCGGAGUUGGAGUAUUGAUCGUUUCGUGGGGAAUGCCAUGAGAACGCAACCUCCGCGUAUUGUGUACGGAACUAUGCCAGCGACUUCCCCCGAAACGUUGGUUCGCAAAUAGAUCCAGAGUUGUCACUGAAGUUUAGAAGCUUUCCACUGAAGACUAGGGCAGACACUGGUCCAGGCAAUUGACUCGAGUUUCUCUGUAAUGGUUCGGAUUCUUGGCGUACUGAAGCCAG